AUGGGGUUUAGAUCUCGUUAUUGUUUUCUUCUCUUUUUAGUUGCAAUCUCUUUCUCUCUUAUCGUUGCUUCCGAUAAUCGAAAACUCAAAAAUGUCCAAACCGCCCUUCACGCUAAAUGGCCCGGUACUCCUCUUCUCUUAGAAGCCAGCGAAUUAUUAUCUAAACAACACCAACACUUUUUCUGGAACUUCAUUGACAUUUGGAUUAAUGCUAAUCAUAAUCCUAAUCCUGAUGUUAAUGACACUUACACAGCUAAAGACUGUGUUAAGAAGAUUCUAGAACAUGGUCGUUCACUUUUAACGGAACCGUUAGCGUCAUUGUUUGAAUUUUCCCUAAUUUUGAGAUCAGCUUCACCUACGAUUGCGCUUUAUCGUCAAUUGGCUCGCGAUUCGUUAUCGUCGUUUCCGCUGAUACAUCACGGUCAUGAACUCGUUGAAGCGAAGAACAAUAACACGCAAUUGGAUCCUCUUGGUGUUGGUGUUAGUCUCCAGAGUCCUGGAGGGAAAUGCUGCUGGAUUGAUACUGGUGAACAUUUGUUUUUCGAAGUUUCGGAAUUGCAAGCUUGGCUUCAGGGUUCUCGUGAUCCUCAACAGGUGGGUGAUUCGUUUCAAAGUCCUCCGGUGUUUGAUUUUGAUCAUAUUCAUUUUGAUUCAACUGCUGGGAGUCCAGUUGCUAUCCUUUAUGGUGCUCUUGGGACCCAUUGCUUUAAGGAGUUUCAUGUUGCUCUUCUCGAGGCUGCGAAACAGGGAAAAGUUAAAUAUGUCCUGAGACCGGUGUUGCCAGCUGGAUGUGAAGCACAUAUUGGCCACUGUGGCUCUGUUGGUCUGAGCGAGACAGUAAACUUGGGUGGUUAUGGCGUGGAACUUGCUUUAAAGAAUAUGGAAUAUAAGGCCAUGGAUGAUAGUGCAAUUAAAAAAGGUGUGACUUUGGAGGAUCCUCGCAUUGAAGAUCUUAGCCAAGAAGUUAGAGGAUUCAUAUUCUCUAAAAUUCUGGAUCGUAAGCCUGAGUUAGCAUCUGAGAUCAUGGCUUUCAGGGAUUAUCUACUGUCAUCAACUAUAUCAGAUACACUUGAUGUCUGGGAACUUAAAGAUCUAGGACAUCAAACUGUACAGAGAAUAGUCCGUGCUUCCGAUCCUCUGCAGUCAAUGCAGGAUAUUAAUCAAAAUUUCCCUAGCAUAGUUUCUUAUUUGUCUCGCAUGAAGCUUGAUGAUUCUGUUCGAGAUGAAAUAACUGCAAACCAGCGGAUGAUCCCACCUGGCAAGUCUUUAAUGGCAAUCAACGGCGCUUUAAUCACUGUCGAAGAGAUUGACCUUUAUAUGUUGAUUGACUUGGUUCAUCAGGAUCUUCUGUUGGCUGAUCAGUUCUCAAAAUUGAAGAUUCCUCGUAGCACUGUGCAAAAACUGCUGUCAACUUUACCUCCACCAGAGUCGGAUAUGUUUCGUGUUGAUUUUCGUUCUACUCAUGUUCAUUAUCUGAACAACUUGGAAGAAGAUGGCAAGUACAAAUGGUGGAGGAACAAUCUAAAUGAGAUCUUGAUGCCAGUCUUCCCUGGGCAGCUACGUCAAAUCCGUAAAAAUCUUUUUCAUGCUGUUUUUAUUCUUGAUCCAGCAACCACUUGUGGUCUUGAGUCCAUUGAUAUGAUCAUAUCUUUGUAUGAGAAUAGUUUUCCUGUGAGAUUUGGUGUUAUACUGUUUUCUUCAAAGUACAUCACACAGUUAGAGGAUCAUUCUACCAAAGAGGAUGGAGAUAAAUUUGAGGAUGACAAGUCUGAUAUGAUCAUACGUCUCUUCAGCUAUAUCAAGGGGAACUAUGGUAUUGAAAUGGCUUUCAAGUUUUUGAGCAAUGUUAACAAAUUACGCAUUGAAUCAGACGAUGAUGCAGACGAGGCUCACCUUGAACCGCACCAUGUUGAAUCAGCGUUUGUGGAAACAAUAUUACCAAAGGUAAAAUCCCCUCCUCAAGAGAUAUUACUAAAGCUGAAGGAGCCAGAGUUGAAGGAAUUGUCACAAGAAAGCUCCAAGACUGUAUUUAAGCUUGGUUUAUCUAAGAUUCAAUGUUCUUUGUUGAUGAAUGGACUUUUUAUUGAUCCCACCGAGGAAGCUCUACUAAAUGCCUUGAAUGAUGAGACUCAGAGAUUACAGGAACAAGUAUAUUUUGGACAAAUAAAAUCUCACACUGAUGUAUUGGACAAGCUCCUAUCAGAAGCUGGUAUUCAACGCUAUAAUCCUCGGAUUAUUUCUGAUAACAAACCAAGGUUCAUAUCUCUUGCGAUGUUUACUUUGGGAGAGGCAUCUAUACUAGACGGAAUUAACUAUUUGCAUUCUCCUGGAACAAUGGAUGAUUUGAAGCCCGUGACACAUCUUUUUGCCGUUGACAUCACUUUAGCGAGUGGGAUUAAGUUACUUCACCAAGGCUUAAAUUAUCUGAUAGAAGGGUCCAAAGAUGCUCGUGUAGGUCUUCUGUUUAGUGGCAAUCAUACUACAAAUUUAUUUAGCCUCCUUUUUGUGAAGGCUUUUGAAAUUACUACAUCCUCAUAUAGCCAUAAAAAGCAUACAUUAAACUUUUUGGAUCAGCUGUCCUCAGUCUAUCAGCAGAAAUACAUCCUUACAUCUCCUGUGGAUGUUUAUGGGACCCAAGCAUUUAUUGAUGAGAUCUGCAAGCUUGCUGAGUCUAACGGGUUACCAUCUGAGAGCUUUAGAUCUUCCCUCUCAGAAUUUUCUGCUGUUGAAGUGAGAAGCCAUUUGAGUGAGGCAGAGAAGUUUUUGUCUACAGCCCUUGGGUCUGAAUCUGGUGUCAAUGCUAUCUUUACUAAUGGAAGGGUUACUUGUCCUAUUGACGAGGGCACAUUUUUGAGUGCUGAUCUGCAUCUUCUUGAAUCGAUAGAGCUUAAGAAGAGGACGAAGCAUAUUGUGGAAAUUAUUGAAGAGGUGAAAUGGCAAGAUGUUGACCCUGACAUGCUGACAAGCAAAUUCAUUAGUGAUAUUGUCAUGUCUGUAUCAUCUUCAAUGUCUAUGAGAGAGCGGAGUUCUGAAAGUGCUCGUUUUGAGGUUUUGAGUGAUCAACACAGUGCCAUUAUUCUAAACAGUGAAAAUUCUAGCAUUCAUAUUGAUGCGGUUUUAGAUCCUUUAAGUCCAACCAGCCAGAAGUUGUCUGGAAUUCUUCGAGUUUUGUGGAAAUACAUUCAGCCCAGCAUGAGAAUUGUACUGAAUCCAAUGAGUUCCCUUGUUGAUCUUCCUCUGAAGAACUAUUACAGAUAUGUAGUGCCGACAAUGGAUGAUUUUAGCAACACUGAUUCUUCGAUAAAUGGCCCAAAAGCAUUUUUUGCCAACAUGCCAUUAUCUAAGACUCUCACCAUGAAUCUUGAUGUUCCAGAGCCCUGGCUUAUUGAGCCUGUUCUCACUGUUCAUGACCUGGAUAACAUUCUGCUUGAGAACCUUGGCGACACAAGAACGCUGCAAGCAGCUUUUGAACUUGAAGCUCUUGUCCUCACAGGUCAUUGCUCUGAGAAAGAUCACGAUCCUCCACGAGGUCUUCAGCUGAUUCUUGGAACCAAAACUUCACCCCAUUUAGUUGAUACCCUUGUGAUGGCCAAUCUUGGUUAUUGGCAAAUGAAAGUUGCUCCUGGUGUUUGGUUCUUGCAGCUUGCUCCUGGUAGAAGUUCUGAGCUGUAUAUUUUUAAGGAAGAUGAUGAUGGAAGUAGGAAUAGGCAAUCAUCAAAACUCAUCACUAUUAAUAGUUUACGGGGUAAAGUAGUUCAUAUGGAAGUAGUGAAAAGAAAGGGCAAGGAAGAUGAGAAAUUGUUGAUUCCUGAUAAUGAUGACGAUCUGCAAGAUAAGAAAGGAAGUAGGUGGAAUUCUAACAUACUAAAAUGGGCUUCUGGUUUCAUCAGUAGCAAUGAACAAUCGAAAAAUGCUGAAAGCAAUUCACUUGAGACUGCAAAAGGGGGAAGGCAUGGAAAAACAAUUAAUAUCUUUUCAAUUGCAUCUGGGCACUUAUAUGAGCGCUUUUUGAAGAUUAUGAUUCUAAGUGUUCUAAAGAAUACCCAGCGCCCAGUGAAAUUCUGGUUCAUAAAGAACUAUCUCUCUCCUCCUUUUAAGGAUCUAAUUCCCCACAUGUCUAAAGAGUACGGUUUUGAAUAUGAACUAAUCACAUACAAAUGGCCUACUUGGUUGCAUAAGCAGAAAGAAAAGCAGCGAAUAAUUUGGGCAUAUAAAAUUUUAUUCCUGGAUGUCAUCUUUCCCCUUUCCUUGGAGAAGGUCAUUUUUGUGGAUGCUGAUCAGAUUGUCAGGACCGACAUGGGAGAACUCUACGACAUGGACUUAAAAGGAAGACCUUUGGCUUAUACUCCAUUUUGUGAUAACAAUAGGGAGAUGGAUGGAUAUCGGUUUUGGAGACAAGGUUUCUGGAAGGAUCAUUUGCGGGGGAGACCGUAUCAUAUUAGUGCUUUGUAUGUUGUUGAUUUGAAGAAGUUCCGAGAGACUGCUGCUGGAGAUAAUCUCCGAGUUUUCUAUGAAACCCUUAGCAAAGAUCCAAAUAGUCUAGCCAACUUGGAUCAGGAUCUUCCUAAUUAUGCUCAGCAUACCGUGCCCAUUUUUUCUUUGCCACAAGAAUGGCUAUGGUGCGAGUCAUGGUGUGGUAAUGCUACAAAAUCCAAGGCAAAAACAAUUGAUCUGUGCAACAAUCCAAUGACAAAAGAGCCCAAACUUCAGGGUGCUAGACGAAUUGUAUCUGAGUGGCCAGACCUUGAUUUAGAGGCAAGAACAUUCACUGCACGAAUCUUGGGUGAUGAUCAAGAACCUAUUCAAUCCCCUAACGAAUCUAAUGAAUCCAAGGAUUCGACUAAUGAAGAUGCAUUGAAAGAAGACUUGGAAUCCAAGGCAGAAUUAUGA